AUGAGGCGAUUCCUUGUCCCAUUUGCCCUAUUAUGGCUCUUGAGCGCUGCCACUGCUGUUGAAAACAAGCUGAUUGACCUGCAGCCUCUUCCUCGACAUGCUUGGGACAAGGAUGCUUUGCACAAGAGAGAUGAUCCCGCUGGAAGUGUGGCACUACAGGACCAUGAACAAUUCAUGUGGACUUCUGGCAAUGAAACAAACACCAAAGUCACUGCAGUGAGCAUGGUUGUUUGGUCCAGACAGGAUGAACGCAUCCUGGACAUGGACAAGAUUUCCUUUGCCUUGGACUCGGUCAGCUGCACCGAUGGGAUGACCCUCAAGUUCAAAAACCCGCUCUUCUAUCUUGCUGCCAAGUUGGCAUGGCAGUGGGUAAAUUACAACGACAUGCGCAGUUUCGUAAUGGUCUCCAGCUGGGAGGGAUGUGGUACUCCCCGCGAGCGAGACCCCUGGGUGGUCAGCAACGCUGUCUUUGACGACAAGGCCUCGACGGCCAAACUGGCAGCGACCAAGAGUACUUGGCAGAAGGUAUCCAACACGACUGUUCUUGAUUUUGGAGAUAUCGUCCUCGGCCAUCGGGGCACCAAGGACAAGCGGUUCCUAGAUGUCAGCUUGAACAAGGCCUUUACCCUGGAUCUCAGCUCCUCUUUUCCCACUGAGAUUGUCAACUGGACCAUGAACACCCCGUUCGUGGAUGCCAGUCUCGCCAUCAACUGUGUCAACUGCGGCACCACAGGCACUCUCGCGUUCGCCGGCCAUGUCGAAGCGAGUCUGUUUGGCGGCUUGGAGAAGUUCGAACUGUCCGCUACACCCCGUAAUAUUGCGGCGAAUCUGGACCUGAGCUUGGAGUUCAAAGGUGAGGUUGAUUUUGAUGGCCUCCCCGCUCCAGGUAAGGAGUGGACGCUGGUGGAGCUGCCAUUACCCAGUGGCUGGCGGGUUCCGGGGGUGUUGACAUUCGGACCCAAUGUCAAGAUCAAUGCAGGUUACAGUAUUGAAUACAUUGGAGGCGAGGCAUCUGUCACUACAGGAAUCUCAGCCAGGGUGCCCGACAGCUCGGUGGCCAAGGUAGAUUUGGCCAGUAAGAACCCGGUGACUAUCUCGGGAUGGAUUCCAGAAAUCCAAACCAAGCCUCUCGAGAUCGAGGCACAAAUCCAUGCGAGAGCAAAACUCUACACGGAAGUUGCGGUGGCAGCCAGCAUUGAAGUCUUUGACAAUGGGCUGAACGUCGAAGUGGGCAUCAAAGUCCCCGAUAUUACAGUGACUGCGGCCGCGGGAUACACCGGCUUCUGCGCCAAUGACCCCAACAAACCCUAUGGAGUCAAGCUGGAUGCCACGCUGGGUGCCAGUCUGGGGCUGCAGGGCUACACCGAGGUGAAGGGGGAACGGGACGUGUUCCUGGACGUCACUCUGUACGAGACACCGACGCUGUACACGUUCCCCGAGCUCUGUCUGGCCGCCGGAGAAGAGUCUCCCGGAACCUGCAUUCCUCAGUCAGACCCUCUGGAUCCCGACGAUGGGGUUGCUCCGGGCGUCCUGCGGAGAGAUACAUCACGCUCAGUCGCCCUCUCCAGACGGGAUGCAGACAGCGCCUUUUACCAGGGUCGGGAUCCGUAUUACGUCGCAUGCGACGAAGGCCGCACGAGACAGAUCUGGGUGCAAAAGUAUCAGCGCCCCUCGCGGCUGAGGAACAAUCUUGCCGUCCCUAUCAUCCAGCCGGGAAUGACGUGCAGUAAUAGCCCGCAGAACCAAUGCCCUGCUAGCACCUGGAAUAUCAAGGAGGUUCCCAAGGAUGACCGGGCUGGCGUGACAAGACAAGGAUGGGCCUCGGAACAUAUCUAUGAGGGCAACUGGGUCCGUGACUUUAUCGACUAUUUAGUGAAGAAUUAUUAUCCAGCGACGAUCGAGGAUCCCACGGUCCAGGACAACACCAAAUGCAAGGGAGCGAUGAACAGUUUUGGCAUCCAACGCGAUAUCAGCACGCCCAAUCCUACUGUCGCGUUCAACUACUCGGAGGCGUUGAUGCAAAAUCUGGGCACCGUCCAUACGGCGUCUACGCUCAUGGCGAUCUUCCCCAACAGACAAAAUAGCAUGAAAUAUUCUAUGUUCGCUGGUAAUGAUAUCGAUGCCAAAUUCAAGACUUCUGAGAAGAAUACCAACCAGCGAGUGUGCUCUCUCGGACGCAUCGUCACCAUCUGUCAGUAUAUGAAUUAUGGGGAGAUUCGGACUCGCAUGAAGGCCACCGUCGCAGCCAUAGACAGUCUUUUAGACAAGAUGCAGCAGGAUGUCAACAUCUACCUUCCAAGUCCCCUCAAGAAUGAGACCCUCAAGUCGGCCCACGCCAAGUUCUUCGAGGAGAAGUACAGGGGCGGAUUUCGCAAUGCUCGGAACCGACUCCAAGACUAUGCCAGCUGGCUGCAGGGUCAAGCUGGAUUCGGAGAUCUCGAUCAAGCCACGAAGGAUGAAGUGGCCAAGCUUGCGAGCAAUCCCGAGUCUUAUUGCAAGGAAGUAUGGCCGUUGUAA